AUGCUGCAAAAAACUACAAGGCUUUCACCUCUACACCCUAAUAGGAAAGCCAAAAUUUUGUCGUCUGUGGGCUCGGGGAAUGAUUUUGAGACCAAAUAUUAUGAGCAAACACUGGAUCACUUCAACUAUCAGCCACAAAGCUACGCCACUUUCACUCAAAAAUAUGUGAUCAACUCCAAGUAUUGGGGUGGUGCAAAUUCAAGCUCCCCAAUAUUAGCAUAUCUUGGUGCUGAAUCAUCUCUCGGUAAUGAUUUUAGUUAUAUUGGCUCUCUCUCUGAUAAUGCCCCUCGGUUUAAGGCCCUCUUAGUCUACAUUGAGCAUCGGUUCUAUGGGGAAUCCAUUCCCUUCGGACUAACGGAAGAAUCAAUGUUGAAAAAUGAGAGCGUAAGAGGGUAUUUUAACUCGGAUCAAGCAUUGGCUGAUUAUGCUGAAAUUCUUCGACAUAUAAAGGAAUCAUUGUGCGCUCCAAAAUCUCCAAUUAUUGUCGUUGGCGGAUCAUACGGUGGAAUGUUGGCUGCAUGGUUUCGACUAAAGUAUCCGCAUAUUGCAAUGGGGGCAUUAGCCAUUUCAGCACCCAUUCUUUAUUUUGAGGAUCUCGUUCCCCAUGAUGCUUAUGACUCUGUUGUCCAGAAGGAUUUUAAGAAGCAAAGCAAAAGUUGCUUCAAAACAAUAACAAAAUCGUGGGAUACAAUUUAUAAGUUAGCUUCGCAACCCAAUGGUCUCGCUAUCUUGAGCCAAAAAUUCAAUUCUUGCUCGCAAUUGAAGAGUGUGGAUGACUUAGCGGAAUUCAUCGGGGACAUUUAUUUUUCGGCUGCGCAAUACAGCUUCCCUCCAAGAUAUCAAGUUAAGAUAGUGUGUGAUGCCAUUAAUGGAGCACCCGAUGGUACCGAUGAUUUAGGUCGGAUCUUGGCUGCUAUCCAGUCCUCCUAUGGCGGAAAUGGGGCUUGCCAUGAUAUUAGUGGUUUCUCUGAUUAUGUCACUUACAGCUGGGAUUGGCAAACUUGCAGCGAGAUGGUAAUACCAAUGGGAGGAAGUAAAAAUAUUACUAUUGCACGAGAAAAGCCAUUCGACAUGGAAGAAAGAAGCAAACAAUGUAAAAAAUAUUAUGGUGUCGUGCCUCGACCUCAUUGGGUCACUACUUACUAUGGUGGUCAAGACAUAAAAACAGUUCUGCGCAAAUUUGGGAGCAACAUAAUUUUCUCCAAUGGCUUACGGGAUCCUUGGAGUCGUGCCGGGAUUCUGGAGGACUUAUCAGAUAGUCUCCUUGCCGUUUAUACAGCAAAAGGCUCGGGGAGUGAUUUUGAGACCAAAUACUAUGAGCAGACAUUGGAUCACUUCAACUAUCAGCCACAAAGCUACGCCACUUUCAAGCAAAAAUAUGUGAUCAACUCUAAAUAUUGGGGCGGCGCAAAUUCAAGCUCCCCAAUAUUAGCGUAUCUUGGUGCCGAAUCAUCUCUUGCUUCUGUUAUUGGUGUCGUCGGAGCCCUCCCAGAUAAUGGUCCUCGGUUUAAAGCCCUCUUAGUCUACAUUGAGGCUUUGUGCCUCUUUCAUCGUACCAAGAAAAAAAAAAGUCCAACAUUUAUUGAAUUAGUGUUGGCGGCAUGGUUUCGACUAAAGCAUCCGCAUAUUGCAAUGGGGACAUUAGCCAUUUCAGCACCCAUUCUUUAUUUUGAGGAUCUCAUUCCACAUGAUGCUUACUACUCUGUUGUCCAGAAGGAUUUUAAGGAGCAAAGCAAAAGUUGCUUCAAAACAAUUGAAAAAUCGUGGGAUAUAUCUAGAAGAUGGCUUCCGAGCCCAAUGGCCUCGCCAUCCUCACCCGGAAUCCACUGGCGGAACCAAUUAUCAGAAUUUAGAGGGGCUAAUUACAUUGUCAUGAUCAGAUAA